UAACCGGAAGUACUUUGCACCAGCUCGCUUGCUAGCUGUUAACACCAUGGUUAACACUAUCAAAAGAAAUUAUUGUGCGCGUUAAAAUAAGCAACAUGUUAGUGUUCAUAUAAGCUCAUUAAAACAAAACAACGUUUCAAAUGUGGUUUGUGAGCACUUACAUACUCGGUCGCACUUUGACUUGAUAAACGCUGCUAAAAACAAAUGCCCGGAAGUAGAAUCCAUUUUGCACAAACAAACUAAACAAAACUGGAUCGGUUGAAGCAGACUCGGUGUUGGUGAAGUUUUUCCGCACUGGACGUUUGUACAUCGGGGAUGUCAUGCUAACAUGUUAGCUAGUCACAGCAGCGCAACAGUCAGCUGACUAAUUCACAUGACAACUCAGUCUAGUUUCGGGCAAGUCCUGUUUACCGGUGCUGUUAAAGUGUUUCAGAGAACCUGUUUUACGCGACGGAAGAUUGUCAUGUUAGGUCAAAGAAGGAACCACACGGAAAAGAUGAAUGGCUGAGUAUAUCGGACCUUCCUCAACGAGCAAACUAUGUCACUAAUAGCACACUGAGUUCGGACGAAGAGGAGUUAGCUUAACAGCUUCAGCACUGUUGAUGUGCUGAUCUCUCCAGUAGAUUUUUUUUUUUGUCAUCACUUCCUCAAGGAAUAUCCUGCAAAAUGAGUCCAGAGGGGAAGAGGCUGUUGAACAUCAUUAUCCUCGGCUUUGGCUUCAUGUUCAUGUUUACUGCCUUUCAAACAUGUGGCAAUAUAGAGCAAACAGUCAUCAAGAACUUCAAUAGCACUGAGUUCCAUGGGAGCGGAUACACAAGCAUGGCCAUCAUCUAUGGAGUUUUUUCUGCAUCCAACCUGAUCGCCCCUUCAGUGGUGACUGUCAUCGGACCGCAGCUGUCCAUGUUCUUUAGUGGGCUUCUGUACAGUGGCUACAUUGCCAUGUUCAUUUACCCCUACACUUGGAGCUUCUACACAGCGUCUGUGUUUGUUGGAAUAGGAGCAGCAGUCUUGUGGACAGCUCAGGGAAAUGUGCUCGCCAUCAACUCCACUGACAACACCAUCGGAAGAAAUAGUGGAAUAUUUUGGGCGUUGCUGCAGUUCAGCUUAUUCUUUGGGAAUCUUUACAUUUACUGUGCCUGGCAUGGACAUGAUCACAUAACAGACAAGGACCGUCAGACAGUGUUCAUCUCUCUUACGGUGAUCAGUCUGGUGGGUUGCUUCCUCUUCUUUCUGAUCCGGAAGCCCGACCCUGAACCGGUUCCCUCUGAAGCAUCAGAGUCGCUGCUGCAGGCAGAGUCCACUGAGAGCUGCUCCACAGCGAGCUCACCUCACUCCGGCCUCUGCACACAAGCUCUGGAUGCUUUUGUUAAAGCGUGUAAAAUGUUUGUCACCAAAGAGAUGAUGCUGCUGAGCAUCUCCAUCGGAUACACAGGUUUGGAGCUCACUUUCUACAGCGGAGUGUACGGGACGUGUAUCGGAGCCAUGACACAGUUUGGCAAAGAUGCAAAGAGUUUGAUCGGAAUCUCGGGCAUUUGCAUCGGAAUAGGCGAGAUCUUAGGAGGGGGCGUCUUCGGGAUGCUGAAUAAGUGCAACCGGUUUGGGAGGAACCCGGUGGUGCUGCUCGGUCUCAUCACUCACUUUGUUGCUUUUUAUCUGAUUUUCCUGAACAUCGCCAGCGACGCUCCGAUCGCACCGGAGGCAGGAACAGAUCUGCAGGCCUACAUCACCCCCAAUCUCGGGGUGGCGUUGCUCUGCAGCUUCCUGCUCGGUUUGGGCGACAGCUGCUUCAACACUCAGCUCCUCAGCAUCAUCGGAUUCAUAUUCCGCGACAACAGCGCUCCGGCCUUCGCCGUCUUUAAGUUCAUACAGUCCAUCAUGGCCGCUCUGGCCUUCUUCUACAGUAACUACCUGCUGCUGCACUGGCAGCUGCUCAUCCUGGUUGUGAUGGGUUUCCUGGGCUCAAUGACGUUCUUCAUGGCCGAGGUGCUGGCCGAGUCCACCAGGCGAGAGUCCGACUACGACAGCAUCUGAUGUGAGUCUGGUGAGGAUGAGGAGGGCACAGCUAGAGGUACUCUGCUCUCCACAGCUGGAUGAAUCUCCUGGGGGUGAUGGUGAUGAUGAUGAUGUUGAAGGUAUCCCAGAUAGCAGAGCCAUCUCUGGCUGCAUGGACCAAACAUGAAACGCAACAUUUAUCUGUACUAAAUCAAAAGAUUUGAGAGGCACACACAAGAUAUACCUCAGUUUGGGUCGUCCCGGCCUCGCUCUGAUUAUUCUCUCACCACGAAUUUUAAAUGAAUCUGAAAAUAUACUUUCCACUGAGACAUGAUGGAUCGAGAUCCUUCAAUCAAACUAAAAGCACUUUUGAUUCAGUGACAUAAAGACGGGUGGGUCAUGGUCCCACUGUUAGUGCCCGCUUAAAGGGAUCCUGAUGAAUAAUGCUGACUGUUGUGAAUCAGCUGCAGGUUUCAACACAUAACUCGUCACAGCUGAAGCAGCUGUUUCCAGCUGCAUGUAUUGACUUCAAGAAUCAGGCUGGUGAUAAUCUAUAUUUUUCCUCUUGUGAACAAAAUCCCAUAAAAAGCCAGAAGCCAGCAGUGAACGUAUCUCCUGACAUGUAUUGUGAUGUAUCUGCUUUCUUUGUGCCAUAGAGCUCCAUUAUUCUUCGAAAACUAUUUAAAAAAACACGACUGGGCCACACUGUUGUUCCUUCAUCACCAUCAACACACACACUGUAGUUUAUUCACUAGAGCACCAAAUGUGGAUUAAUCCGCUCCUGAAAAUAGUUCCUAAAUGCACAAUUUCUUCCUUUUUGUUUGUUAGAGCUACAGUGAACAGCUGUUUGAGGACAUGAAUGAACCUUGUUUGAACACUUAAAGUGAGAACUAAUGGGCUCAGAGCUGAGUUCCACAGACAGGAAGGCAGAAAAUGUGGACAGAUGGACUUCUCGUUGUUUUUGCUGCUUUCAUGGGAAUUGCAGAAGAAGAAAAUACAGAAUAAUGCCAGCCUGAUUCUUCAGACUUUGUCCCCUGUCUUCUGACAUCGCUUGUGCUCAUAAAAUUAUGUCAGGCUGCAAAUUAAAAUGCUGACAAAAUGGCCUCCUGAGGGCACAGCACACCUGUUACAAUGUUCUUCUUCAUUCUAAUGUGUGUAGGACGCUUUCAAAGACUUCGAUUCACACAAAAUGAAGCAGCUGUGCAGGUGUGUUGUCUGACCUCUGCUGUAUUCAACAAUGUGUCUGACAUGCUCAGCUGUAGUUCACCCAAACAGUAAAGUCCAGUCCUCCUCUCCUCCUCCUGAGGAUAUAAAGUCCUCCUCUCCUCCUCCUGAGGAUAUAAAGUCCUCCUCUCCUCCUCCACAGAACAGUUCUGGAGCUUCACAGUAAAACAGAGUUGCAGCAUUCUGCUAAAAAAAACUGAAGAAGCUGUUACUGUUUGGCUGAACUGUUCCUUGAAAAAUUUAAUUUUCGCAAAACAUAUUCUGUGAUCUCUAGUCAUUUAAGUCUUCCUCGGCUUUGGGACAGUGACUUUCAUCUGAGGAAAAGCAUAUUGGAAGCAAAGUGGUUAAAAGGGAAUCAUUAUCAAGAAAUGGAACCUGAAUCUGAAAUCCACUUUCACUCUGAUGAUGUUCAUGUUCUUUUCUUGUUCCUUCAACAUAAAUUUAGUGCUGUAUAAUUAGUUUCCUGUAAUAAGAUCUCGAUCAUCAGGACGACCCGUGACUCUGCAUUCCCUGAAACAUCACAUAAUGAGAAGUGUGUGACUGCAUUUAGUUCAGAUGUAAUUUAGGCUCAGAAGAAAGAGAAAGCAGUCCUUUUCUCUCUUUUCUACUUUUCUGCAGUUUCUCUCUUCCUAGUAUGGAUUUGGAUAAUUAGACAGUCAAUCAUGUGUUUUCUUUCACAUUUUCACUUUGGUGACUACAGACAGUUUGUAUCUAUGCUAGCAGCUCGGCUCUAGAGAUGAGUGUCAGUUGACUGGAUCAACUGCUUUGGUUUGAAAUAUUGGGGUGAAACAUCUCCCCAAAUAUUACACGUGUUGACAUGAAAUUUGUUUCAGACAUUCAAAUUCCUCACAGAAUGAAUUCUAAUUACUUUGAUAAUGUUUCAUGUAGUGUAAAGGGACAAGAAAGUCACAGAUUGUUGAAACAAUCGUGAAAUAUCUUUUAGUUUUGUGUGAAAGAAGUCGUUGUGAGGAAGGAAAUAUGCUCAGCAUGUUCAUAAAACCUAAAAAAAAGACACAAUGUGUCACAAUAGUGGCGUGCCACUGUAACACAUAUGUCUGAUGACUUUCACGCUCCCAACAUCAGAAACCCUUCUGAAUUAAGUUGCCAAAGACCUUCUACUCAGUCAACAAAAUCUCAUUUUAUUUCUAAACAAACAGGACCUUAACUUCAUUCUUCCUUAAAGUUUUAAGAUGAUCAUUACAACCUCACAAAGCUGCUAGCAUGGCUGAAAACUCUGUCUAGUUCCUUUUUUGUUUGUUUUAAUUACCGUGGUCGUGUCACGAUGAGUAAGCUUCUCUUCAAAUCAACACUCAUUUUAAACUGAUCUCAUGCCAAACCAACACAGUGCUAAAUACAGGCCUUAAGAGAUGUUGUCUUUUCCAGAAAGCCUUAUGUAAAGUUGUUGUGGGAAAGGGCAACAAGGAAUUAUAUCAUAGAUGCUGUUUUUGUUAAAAGUGUCAAAUGUGUGAAUUAUAAUACAUUGUUCUGGUUAAUUUAUUGCUAAAUGAAACAUUACUGGGUGAGUUCGGUGAAGUUUUGUUUCACAUUGCGACUGUUAAGGAUGCAAUCAAUCUCAAGGAUAUUAAGGGAAAUGCAUGUGUACUCAGCAGGUGAUUUAUACUUGAAUGUAGUAAUUCAGAAUGGCACCCCAACUUUUGCUUGCUUGUUUUUAUUAUCAAUAAAACCUUAUUUUGAACACUA